GUCAGCUCGUUGGCGCGGUGACGCAGGUCGGCCGCGGCGUGCUUUUUCUCUGGGAGCGUGGUCUCGGGUGUCCGCGAAGUGGGAGCGGGAGGAGCAGGGGCAGUUCAGAGGGCGCGGCGCGGGCGUGCAGGAGGCCCCGCGCGGGCUGCGAACCCGGACCCCCGGGAUGCUCGGAGCCCGUCGCCUACUCGGCGCGCUGCGCUUCUGCUCCUCCGUUCCCUGCCCCAAGCCACGCACGUCCGCCAAACUGCGCGUGCGGGAAGCGCUCGGGGUCCUGGACGCUAGUGGGGAGCGCGUGACGGUGCAGGGAUGGAUUCGUUCAGUCCGGUCCCAGAAGGAAGUUUUGUUUCUGCAUGUAAACGAUGGAUCGUCUUUGGAAAGCCUUCAGGUUGUUGCUGAUUCGAGCUUAGACAGUAGAGAACUGGGUUUUGGGAGUUCUGUGGAAGUCCAAGGGCAGCUGGUCAAAAGUCAAGCCAAAAAGCAAAAUGUGGAACUGAAGGCAGAAAAAAUUGAGGUUAUUGGAAACUGUGAAACCAAGGUAUUCCCAAUCAAAUAUAAGGAGAGGCAUCCUUUGGAGUUCCUGAGGCAGUACCCUCACUUGAGGUGUAGGACGAAUGCUUUGGGCUCUAUUUUGAGGGUCCGCAGUGAAGCCACAGCUGCUAUUCAUUCGUACUUUAAGGACAAUGGCUUUGUGCACAUUCAUACCCCAGUAAUCACAUCCAAUGACUGUGAGGGAGCCGGAGAGCUCUUUCAAGUGGAGCCUUCAAGCAAAAUAAAGGUACCUGAGGAGAAUUUCUUCAAUGUUCCUGCCUUCUUAACUGUCUCAGGGCAACUUCACCUGGAAGUGAUGGCAGGGGCUUUUACGCAAGUGUUUACCUUUGGACCAACAUUCCGAGCUGAGAAUUCUCAGAGUCGGAGACACCUGGCAGAGUUUUAUAUGGUAGAAGCAGAGAUUUCUUUUCUUGAGAGCCUUCAAGAUCUCAUGCAGGUAAUGGAGGAUCUCUUCAAGGCUGCCACAGUGAUGGUUCUGUCAAAUUGUUCUGAAGAUGUGGAGCUCUGUCACAAAUUCGUAGCUCCUGGCCACAGGGACAGACUAGAACAUAUGCUAAAAAACAACUUUUUAAUCAUUUCUUAUACAGAAGCAGUGGAGAUCUUAAAUCAAGCAUCCCAGAACUUCACCUUUACCCCCAAGUGGGGUGUUGAUCUGCAAACUGAACAUGAGAAGUACCUGGUGAAACACUGUGGCGACAUACCUGUCUUCGUCAUUAACUAUCCGUUAGCACUCAAGCCUUUCUACAUGAGGGAGAAUGAAGACGACCCUCAGCAGACAGUUGCCGCUGUUGAUCUUCUGGUUCCUGGGAUUGGAGAGCUCUAUGGAGGGAGCCUCAGGGAGGAGCGGUACCACAUCUUAGAGCAGCGGCUAGCCAGAUCAGGACUUACAGAAGCUUACCAAUGGUAUCUGGACCUUCGUCGAUUUGGAUCUGUGCCACAUGGAGGCUUUGGGAUGGGAUUUGAACGAUACUUACAGUGCGUCUUGGGAGUUAACAAUAUCAAAGAUGUUAUCCCUUUUCCAAGGUUUACUCAUUCAUGUGUUUUGUAGCUAAAAGAUUGUUUAAGGAAAAGUAUUCAGUGUCCAAGGCACUGGACAUAAAUAUGCAUACAGAAGACUGCCUUUUAGAAAUACAGAUUUCAAUAUGUAAUUCUUGUUCUGUAACAUACAACCUAUGAAAAUAAAAAUGGUCAGGGUUUUCUUACAAAGUCAAAGGCAUUUCAUAGAGAAAUAAAUCACCUAAUAAGAAAUACUUAAAAUACGAAAAAGAAACACUUUUGGACUGUUGCCUCAGUUAAGCAAAGUAGCUGGGCCUGUAGUCCCAGCUGCUCAGGAAACUGACAAAGGAGAAUCACUUGAGUCUGGACCACAUACUGAGACCCUAUGUCAUAAAAGAAGGGGUCACGCAUGGUGGUACCUGACUUUAAUCCCAGCACUCAGGUGGCAGAGGCAGAUAGACCUCUGUGGAUUGAGGCCAGCCUGGUCUUCAUAGUAAAUUCAGGCUAGCUGGGGCUACAGGGAGACCCUCUCUCAAAAAGACUAAAAGAAGAAGAAAGGAAGGCAUUGAACUUAGUGGUCUCAAAGGUUCUUUCAGAUUCUAAGACAAGAUGAUAGUGUGUUUCACUUUCCGAAAUGCCAGGUAAAUAGUGGUGAACAAAACAGAAAGGACACUUCAUGGAAUUUUCUGUCUGUUGGAGAAGACACAUAAUAAGAAAAUAAAUGUGUUAUUUCAAAAUAGGAUAUGAAGAGCUAGAGAGAUGGCUCAGCAGUUAAGAGCGCUGACUGCUCUUACAGAGGACCUGGGUUCAGUUCCCAGCACCCACAUGGCGAUUAAUAUCUGUUGUGACUCCAGUUCCAGAUGAUCCAUCAUCCUCUUCUAGCCCCUGUGGGCAUGACAUACACGUGAUACACUUACAUACAGGCAGAUAAACACUCAUACACAUAUAAGAUAUAAAUUUUAAAAGUCAGCCAGACAAAAUACCAUAUUUGAAAGAAGGCUGUGUAAAGAACGUGAUAAGCAUAAAGAAGCUUUCUAGAAAAGGCCUCUCUGAAAAAGUGGUAUUUAACCUUCACCUGGACUGGGCAUUGUAGUGCAUGCCUUUAAUCCCAGGACUCUGGCAUCAGAGGCAGGCAGAUCUCUGUGAGUUUAAGGCUAGCCUGGUCUACAUAGUGAAUUCCAGGCCAGCUGGGGCUACAGAGAGACUCUGUCCCUGGAUGACUAAAUGCGGAGAACAUUUUAUUUAUUUUUAAAUUAUUAUCUUUUUAUGGGAGGAAGGACCAUGCAUGCCAGUGUGUAUAUAGAAGCCAAAGGACAACUUGCAGGAACUACCUUGUGGGUGUCAGGGAUCAAAUUCAUGUUGUUGGGUUUGGUGGCAAGCACCUUAACCUGUUGAGCCAUUUCACCAGCCUGCAGAAACCAUUUUAAAACAUCUGUGAUAUCAGCCCGUGGCUUGGUCCUGUUGAUUUUGUGAGGUAGGGCCAUAUCCACAGUCCAAGGAGCUUAAGGCACUAUCAUUCCCAAAGUCACCAGGAGUCAUGUCCCUCAUUAUUUUCAAGAGAUCAAGUAGAACUGUAGUGCUUAUGUGACAGCAGGACACCCACAACAGUGAUGGAAAGAAUAUAGAGUUUAAGUAGCUCCAGGUUCCAGUCCCAGCACCAGUGUAUCUGAGGAGUCUUAGGCAAGUCCUUUGUGGCCUGAGAUUAUUUCAUCAGCAGAAUUCACUUUGAAGUAGAUAAACCCUGAGAAUGAGUCUAGCUUUUAGAUCAUGCACAAUCCCCAGUUUUAGUAUAUACUAAUCGUCUUAAGACGUAUAGAGAAGUCAGAUCACUAAAGACUGAACAGUAGAUGUAAGCUUGGUCUAUGUGUCUGAUGUUGGGGGAAAGAUCCUUAUGACAGCAAAUGUAUAUUGUUCCAUGUCUCAGGUCUUCAGCAGCUUUACUCAGCAGCAAAUUGUAUUCUUUGCCUUAAAAGUUGUUCACACAAUGGUUUCCAUCUUUGGUUCAGUACUUGUGCUUUACUAAUAAAUGAACAAAAACAAAUACUGAUGUCAGAUAAAAAUGAAAAGAGUACCAAAACAAAACUGGCUAACAGGUAUAUAAGAGGGAAAAACUUGUACAAACAAAAAAAGUUCUACAAACAAACAGCACUCUAUAUGUCUGUAUAUAGAGAAUAAAAAUAUGGCCAGGCAUGGUGGCACAUGCGUUUAAUCCCAGCACUCGGGAGGUAGAGGUAGGCAGAAUAAAAAUAUGGGUCUAACACCAGUAGAACAAAGGAAAAUGAAAAUCAAAGCUACAUUGAAAAUCCAUCUUACCCCAGUCAGAAUGGCUAUCAUCAGGAAAAUAACAAAUGCUGGUAAGGAUGUGGAAAAAAGGAACUCUUAUUAUAUACUGUUGGUAGGAAUGUUAGUUCAGCUACUGUGUAAGUCAAUAUGGAGAUUUCUUUAAAAAAAUGAAUAAAACUACCAUCUGA